AUGGGAGGCAUUUCAAGUUGUCUGCUGAACACAAAAACGGUUUUUGUUAGAGGAGACAAGAAGAGAAAGCCACCAUUGUGGAAGGAGAGCUCUUCCUUUCCAUCUUCAGUUUUGGCUGCCAUCAGCAGAGUGCAGGAUGAAGAAGUUCCUGCUCUUGUUCCUGAGUACACUGCAGGACCACCAGAACGUAAUCAGACAUCCUCUGAAAGUGAGGAACUGAAGACGAAGUGUGAACACCUCAUAAGAAAAACUGAUCAGGUGAAUAAUUAUGUUAGGCACUGUCUUAAUACAUGUUUGCCACACCCCAGAACAUUAACAAAGUGGUACCAGUGUGUGGGUGGAGCACCUGGCUUCACAUCCGAGGCGUUUAAGGUAAUCACGGCAGAAGCUAGUCACCGUGAAACAAAGUUUCCAACUAUAUGUAGCUUGGUAGUUGAUGAAAUUGCCAUCAGGCAACAUGUAGAAUUUGAUGGUGCAUGCUAUUACGGUUAUGUUGACAUGGGGUCAUCUGUAGACACAGAUAAUUUGCCCAUUGCCAAAGAAGCAUUUGUGCUCAUGCUUGUGGUUAUUAAUGCUUCUUGGAAGCUCCCAGUUGGGUAUUUCCUGACUGCUGGUAUAACUGGUGAACAAAAAGCCAAGAUAGUUAAACAGUGCAUUGAUCUUGCCAAUUCAAGUGGUGUGAAAGUUGUUUCGCUCACAUGUGAUGGUUCAGCUAGCAAUUUGUCAAUGGCUAGAUGUUUAGGCUGCAAUCUCAAUUGUGAAACUUUGGAAAGUACUUUUUCAGUUGAAGGGAAUGAUCAUGAAAUGUCAUUUUUCCUAGACCCUCCACAUAUGUUGAAACUUGUGCGCAACGCUUUAGGAGAUAAAAAAAUUUCUUUGGGAUGA